CUAAAAAAGGCAGCCAUUUUUGCCGCGUUUUGACGAUCGGUUGAAUGGUUUGUACCUAUAAGUGUAAGUGAGCGAAAGUACUAGUGAGAAAUUUCGGAUAGAUAAAGUUUAGGGUUAGUUUAUAUAUUCUUGCCGUCCACAUUUCUAUUCUUAUCGAUAAAAAAGCUCGUGUUUGAUCAAAAAUCAAGAUAACAAGAUGCCAAAAGCUGUAAAUGUUAGAGUCACCACUAUGGAUGCAGAGCUAGAGUUUGCUGUCCAGCCUAAUACAACAGGAAAACAACUCUUUGAUCAGGUGUUGAACCAAGAUGUCAAAAAAGAAAAUCCUCUUCAAUUUAAGUUUCGUGCAAAGUUCUUUCCAGAAGAUGUGGCAGAGGAAAUCAUUCAAGAAAUUACAUUGAGAUUAUUUUAUCUUCAAGUAAAAAAUGGAAUACUGAAUGAUGAAAUUUACUGCCCACCAGAAACAUCAGUUUUGUUAGCUUCCUAUGCUGUACAAGCUAAAUACGGUGACUACAACUCUAGUAACUAUUCCCCAGGAAUGUUUGAAAAUGAUCGACUACUUCCCCAGAGAGUUAUGGACCAGCACAAAUUGAGUAAGGAGAUGUGGGAAGAAAGAAUAGCAAAUUGGUGGAUGGAGCAUAAGUCAAUGCAUAAGGAAGAUGCUAUGAUGGAGUACCUUAAGAUAGCUCAAGAUCUGGAAAUGUAUGGUGUGAAUUACUUUGAGAUCAAGAACAAGAAAGGAAGUGACUUGUGGCUGGGUGUUGAUGCUCUUGGCUUAAACAUCUAUGAAAAGGAUGACAAGCUUACUCCUAAAAUUGGAUUUCCAUGGAGUGAAAUACGAAACAUUUCUUUUAAUGAUCGAAAAUUCGUCAUUAAACCUAUUGACAAGAAAGCUCCAGAUUUCGUAUUUUUUACCCCACGACUGAGAAUUAACAAAAGAAUUCUUGCUCUCUGUAUGGGGAACCACGAACUAUACAUGCGUCGACGCAAGCCAGAUACCAUUGAGGUUCAACAAAUGAAGGCUCAAGCACGUGAGGAAAGACUAGCAAAACAACAAGAAAGAGAAAAGUUACUGAAGGAGAUAGAAGCCAGAGAGAUGGCUGAAAGGAAACAACAAGAGUAUGCAGAGCAAUUGAAACAUAUGCAAGAAGACAUGGAAAGAAGGCAAUUGGAAUUGGUUGAAGCCCAAGAUACCAUAAGAAGACUAGAGGAACAAUUACGUCAGUUACAAGCUGCAAAAGACGAACUAGAACUAAAGCAAAAAGAACUGGAAGAAAUGAUGCAUAAACUUGAGGAAGGCAAAGCUAUGGAAGCAGAAGAAAAAGCAAAACUUGAAGAAGCUAUUCAAGCUAAGCAAGAAGAAGUACAAAUGAUUCAAAAGGAAGUUUGUGAAAAAGAUGAGGAAACUAGGAAGUUGCAGGCAGAAGUGGAGGAGGCCCGAAGACGUCAGGAAGAAGUUGCUGCAGCUCUGAUGGCUGCUACAACAACUCCUCAACAUCAUCAUCUACAAGAAAAUGAGCAUGAAGAGAAUGAUGACCUAACUAAUGGGGAAAUUGGUGCUGAACUGUAUAUUGAUGACAACAUUAACUUAUCUCAUCCUGAGGAAGACAGAAUGACUCAGGUGUCCAAGGAGAAACACUUGCAAGACCAGUUAAAGGAAUUAAACAGAGAACUAGCUGCAUCAAAGGAUGAAACAAAACUGACUAGAAAUGAUCUUCUCCACCAAGAAAAUGUACGACAAGGGAGAGAUAAAUACAAAACCCUACGUGAAAUUCGGAAGGGGAACACAAAGCGAAGAGUGGACGAGUUUGAAAAUUUGUGAAUUAAAGAUACCCAUUUAAAACUGGAUAGGGCUUUCUUUCUUCAAGAGCAGUACUGAGUGUCUUGUAUCUUUUCUGUCCUUAAACUUCUUUUGAAAUCAAAGUGAGGCAACCAUAAUAAAGAAUUGUUACUACAUAAAUACAAUUUAUUAAAGGAAGAGACCUUUUGUAAAUGAGCUACUAAUUUUUGGAUAACAAAUAUUAGAAUCAUUGUUGAUUUUUGUAAUACCAGGAACUUUUUUUACUAAUUGGAAUUUCAAUGUAUGUGAUAAAAGGUAUAUCUGUUUCUGGAAGUUUUGAAUAUGUAAAAUGCUAUAAGGA